CGGGAAGACUGCGGCAUAGAAAAUUUAUGAGCAUGUUCUAAUGUAGACUUCGCAUAGAUUGGUUAUGCGUGAGAUCACAUAUAAUUUUUGCGUACCCGCGAGCCGAUGAAGAAGCAGCCAGGCUUUUGUGAGGACCAUUCACCGUCGCUCGAUCAAGAUCAGAUGGUUGGCGUUCAAGAAGAUAUCCAUCUGGUCCGAUGGUCCUCAAGUGGUCGGCGGCCACCGCUGACACUUUAGUCCGCCGGCGGUCGUGGAGCGCGGCUUUGUCGCCCCUCCUUCGCUCUCAUCUUCGUACCCUCUCUCCUGUGCUCCUCCUCCCGCCGUCGCCGGCAGUGGGAGCUCACCGCCACAAAUCCCUUGGUUCCUCGCCGGCUCCUCCGCCUCCCCCACAACGGCCGUCGCUUAUCCUUCUAAACCAAAGUCGGCAGGUUGCGUUGCCGAUCUUAUGUGAAGCCUCUUCAGUAGCAUCAUAACUAGUGCGAGGCUGGACGAAAAUCUCUCUCCAUGGUUUUGGCUCGUCUCCUGCUCCAUUCUACUUCCCCUCUCCCUCCUCUCCGCCACCACCAAAUCCAUCCUCCGCUCCCUCUCCUCUUUCCCUGCUCCCCCUCCCUCCAUCUGCCUCAUCUCCUCCUCCACCAACUCCGAAACCCCUCGCCCCCACCCCGAUUCCAACCAAAUACCUUCCUCUCCACCUUCGCGACCACCUGCAUUCCUCUCAUAACAUCGUGCUCCACCAAGACCCAUCUCCUCCAAAUCCACGCUCGCCUCCUCCGCUCUUCCCUCGUCGACAACCCGUCCAUCACCACCGCCUUCUUAUCUCGUGCCGCCCUCUCCCCCCUCGGUGAUAUCAAUUAUUCCCGUCGCGUCUUCGAACAAAUACCCAAACCCACCGUCUUUCACUAUAACACCAUGCUAAGAUCCUACUCCCAGGAUAGCACCCCGGAGGAGGCCCUCCACUUGUAUAACCGCAUGCGAAAACUCGGCAUUUCUCCGAAUACCUUCACCUCUUCCUUUGCUCUCAAGUCAUGCACCAGGAUUUCUUACUUGUCUGGUGGAAAACAGAUGCAUGCGAGGGUCCUGCAAGAUGGGCACCAAUCUGAUUCGCUUUUGCUGACUACAUUGAUGGGACUCUACGUGGAGUGCGGGGACGCCGAUGAUGCGCGUCGCGUGUUCGAUGAAAUGCCCGAGCGAGAUAUAGUUGCAUGGAAUGUGUUGAUUUCUUGCUAUUGUCGUAAUCACCGGACCAAAGAUGCGUUGCGUUUGUUUGAUGUGAUGCGGGGACCAGAGUAUGGGUUGGAACCGGAUGAUGUCACCUGCUUGCUUCUGCUUCAGGCAUGCGCACACUUGGGUGCGCUUGAUUUUGGGGAGAUGAUACAUAAGUAUGCUGAGGAACGUGGUUUUGGUGGUGCUCUGAAUAUAAGGAAUUCCCUUGUAGCAAUGUACUCAAGGUGUGGGUGUGUAGAUAAGGCUUAUAGAGUGUUUUGUGAUACACCGCAUAAGAAUGUGAUUAGUUGGAGUGCAAUGAUUUCUGGUUUGGCAAUGAAUGGUUAUGGUAGGUAUGCAAUUGAAGCUUUUAGAGAGAUGACGAGAGUGGACAUUGCUCCGGAUGAUCAGACGUUCACAGGUGUACUUUCAGCUUGUAGUCAUAGUGGGUUGGUUGACGAAGGAUUUAGAUUUUUCGAUAUGAUGAGGUUUAAGUAUCGACUAGUCCCUAAUGUGUGUCACUAUGGAUGCAUGAUUGACCUUUUGGGCCGUGCUGGAUUGCUUGAUCAGGCGUAUGAGUUUAUAGUAAAAGAGAUGAAGGUUCAGCCAGAUGCCACAAUCUGGAGGACUCUCCUUGGAGCUUGUAGAAUUCAUGGUCAUGUUGACCUUGGAGAACGAGUAAUUGGGCACCUGAUUGAGUUAAAAGCACAACAAGCUGGAGAUUAUGUUUUGUUACUGAAUAUAUAUGCAUCUGUGGGGAAUUGGGAGAAGGUAGUGGAAACGAGGAGGUUGAUGAAGGAGAAGGGAAUUCAAACGACUCCAGGAUGCAGCACGAUAGAAUUGAAUGGAGAGGUUCAUGAGUUUGUUGUUGAUGAUAAUUCACACCCACAGAAGGCGGAGAUUUAUGAGAAGCUUGAUGAGAUAGGGCGGCAGCUAAAGAUUGCUGGUUAUGUCGCAAAUAUGGCAUCUGAGUUGCAUGAUAUGGAUAUGGAGGAGAAGGAGAGUGCACUUUGUUUUCAUAGUGAAAAGCUGGCCAUUGCUUUUGGUAUUCUUGCUACUCCUCCAGGUAGAACGAUUAGAAUUGCAAAGAACCUUCGCAUUUGUGUUGAUUGCCAUACUUUUGCAAAAGUGUUAUCCAGUGUCUAUAAUCGGCUGGUAAUCAUAAGAGACCGAAGUCGAUUCCACCAUUUCAAAGAAGGUUGCUGUUCAUGUAAUGAUUACUGGUAGGGCAUUGGUGGGUUAAUGUGCAGGAAAAUUGGUCCAUGUAUAAGCACGACCAUGGAAGGAGGAUGCUGAUGCAUUCAAGAAAUAAAGCUUGGUUUCUGGAUGUUGCAACCUUGAUUCCAAGCUCACUAUAUAUGAAUUUCAACCGAUACAAGGCAGUGCUUUGUUGACUUUUGGCAGAUUAAUGAAGAUAUUGUCUGCUAUACGUUCACACAUUCAUUGGUUGCUUCCAGGAAGAAGGUGCCAAGGUCUACAUCAGAUUCAAAAUUAUUCUGUCACCCUCACUUUCUUGGACUUCCAUUGGAUUGGUCUGAAAAUCUUGCGAGGAAUGAAUUCUUUGAAUGACUAACCAAGAUAUUACCUUCCCAGGCCAAAAGGCAAGUUGGGGCCUCCCGGAGUAUUCACUGAUGAAAUUCUCAGAAACAACGACCGAAGUAAGAGCAGAGGGAAUCCCCAAUUCACCAAAAAAUUGAGGAUUGCAAAUACUACAUUGGGUUCCACAGGAUGAGGAGCAAAAUCCACAUCCUUUUCUUUUAGUUUCCUCAGCAAAUUCUGGGGCAGUCCGGGCAACUGCACUUUGACUCUUUGAAUUUUAUUCAGUGCUGGGUUUGGAUGUCUCGGCGAUGACAACAGUGCCAUUCUCAAACAGGUCCACCUUCUUCAUUGUUCCUACAUUCAGGUACUCCAGGAAUCUCGAGUAGACAUCCUGCUGGAAGUCGACCCUUGAGGGCUUUCUGGCUCAGCUUUUGUUGGCUGAGCUGCAGAGAACCCAGUACCUGUAAGUCCCAGGCCAGCAGAUCUUAGUAGCUUCCUUCUUUUCAUGUUGACAUCUACAUGUGUUCUCUGAUUUAAAACUCUCCUCUAGGAGAAGUUUUGAUGCUGUUCUCUUUUGAGAUCUCCUGAGACUUGCAGAUGGGAAUAUGGGCUGUUGUGAGAGACGGCCAGUGACAUAUUGAUUCUCAGAUUCCAAAGCAGAUCUGAAUUCUAAUCUAAGCCACAAAGUGGAGAUUGGAGUCUUGGACUGGGGCUGCUUCUAUUCUACAAGAUCAGUUGGGCUCUGACAGUCUGAUAGGUCUGGAUGGUCUGUGGAGGUUAGCUUAAAUAACCUCCAAUCCAUCAGAAUGGAUUUCCUGGAAUAAAUCGUCGCAUCUUUCUUCGCUUAUUUAUGAGAGAUAUCCAAUCCAUCAGAAUGGAGGUUAAAGAGGGUCUUUAUCCUCGUCGUGUCCUUUAUAUGGAAAUUAGAGGCCAAGGAGCCAUUCCCUUGACUCGUACUGAUGAGUAUUUUACUCCACGAGAAAUUGAACAAAAAGCUGCCGAAUUGGCCUAUUUCUUGCGCGUACCAAUUGAAGUAUUUUGAAAUGAACUGAAGAAAAAAU